GCAUCCUUGUCUCCUCCUCACCAAGUGCACUCACUACACAGCACUGAGCAGCCUCAGGAUAAGGAUUAACUCUGUCAAGACAAUUGCUUGUGCUGUGGCCCUUUACAGACACCUCUCACCGGAGCAAACGGUCCUCUCUUUAAAUUUCAUAGCUGGGAGUUUCAGCGUUAAACAGAUCACCAGAAUGAAGUCUCGCAGGCAAAGCUGCACCGACUCAGGUUCAGAGUCAGACACCAAGAGCCCUGAGAAGUUCGAAAGUGCAUCGCGCCGUCGGAUGGCGGCAAACGCUCGGGAGAGGAAGAGGAUGCAGGGUCUGAACACAGCCUUCGACUGUCUGCGCAAAGUGGUGCCGCAGUGGGGCCAAGACAAGAAGCUGUCCAAGUACGAGACGCUGCAGAUGGCCCUCAGCUACAUCAUGGCACUGAACCGCAUCCUGACGGACAAUAGCAGAAACAGCACCCCCCACAGGCAGUGGCUGGACCUGCAGUUCGAUUCCCUGCAGGCGGAGGCCUACCAGUACGGCUGUGUGAGGUAUGACUCUCCUGGUGAAAAUGAGGCAAUGCACUCGCCUUACACAUACAAAUUAGAGGAAUCAAUCAUCCGAGCAGCAUAA